AUGUAUCAUUUUGUAGGUACCUCCAAAUGCCUGCUUCCAAUUCCGCCACAUGCCCGGGUUUUCAGAGUCAACGACGGGACGCUAUAUAGGUUCAUAAACCCCCAAAAUAUCAAAACAUGGAAGAACCAUUCUCUAUCUCCCUCUUCUCUCUGGGAUUCCACAGCUCGACGCGAGUGUGACCUAGCCGCAACCAUAUUCAGGAGCACUUGAGCUCAGAGCCAACACCCGCCUGGUCCGAGAGAGCCGCCUCCUACGCGCCGCCUGUCCUUCUUGCGCGCCUCGUUUCCUGAACGUCUGUAUUCAGUAUUUUAGACUCCUUCUUCUUGUGUCUACUUUGGAGACAUUUGUCCAUAUUCUUGUUUGCAUAGCCCUCGUCUCGGCUGGUAUAGACGCGAAGGCUAGACCAUAUCGCCUGCCGUCCCGGGCCGGUACCUAUUCUUUCUCCCUUUUGCUUCCCCAGGACGGGACCACAUAUCCUUCAACAUGUCCGAGAACGCUCCAGAAGAGCGCCGCAGAGGCUGGCGGGCGAUCUUUGGAAAAGGCUCGGUUGCUGAGGGCCAUGACUCGGCCGAGAAGCCUCGCCAGGAAAAAUGGAGCAUGGGCAUUCUCAAUGACCCGUUGACCAUUGAGGUACCUGGUUCUGUGCUGCUGCUGGCUCGCGACCGAAACGAGCCCCUCGGCUUGCGGAAUGCGCCGGCCAGGACAUCCGCCUCGUCAAUCCCAAUCACCAUCUCCCAGGCUGUGCCGCAGCCGCAGGAGGAUCUUGACAAGAAGAAGACCAGCGAUGGCAAGAUCAUCCUGGUGCCCCAGCCCGAAGAAUCGGCCAACGACCCGCUCAACUGGCCCAGCUGGAGGAGGGACUUGUCGCUGCUCUCGCUGGGUCUCUACUGCAUGGUUGGCGGCGGCAUUACUCCACUUCUCGCUGCCGGCUUCACAGAUGUCUCCAAAGCCUACGGUGUCCCUGUGGCAGACGUAUCCUUGACUACGGGCCUUUACAUGAUGGGCAUGGGAAUCGGCUCGGUGUUCUUCUCGCCCACAGCAAUCCUAUGGGGCAAGAGGCCUGUCUACCUGUUCAGCGUCAUACUGUUAAUCGCCACGUCGGUAUGGUGUGCAGCGUCGCCAAACUUCCCAUCCUUGAUCGUGGCGAGGAUAUUUCAGGGCAUCGCAGUCAGCCCCGUUGAGUGCCUACCCUCGGCGACGAUCGCCGAGAUCUUCUUCCUGCACGAACGGGCGUUCCGGAUCGGCAUUUACACGCUUUUGUUGCUCGGCGGGAAGAACUUGGUCCCUCUGGUCAGUGCAGCCGUUAUGCAGAGACUUGGUUGGCGAUGGGUGUUUUGGAUGGUUGCAAUUGUUGUUGGGUUCUGUGGUUUUCUCCUGUUUCUCUUUGUCCCCGAAACGUUUUGGGACAGAGCGGCGGUUGGUAGGAAAUCGCGAAAGUCGACAUCUCGACGACCAAGUUUCUCCCGGAGGCGCUCAUCCAAGUACAACGCACUACCGGCUGCUGCUCCUGAUGUUGUUGUUUCCAAUCGGGAUGGGGAUCACGGGGCUCCAUCCGAGCAUGAGAGUCCCCAUCAACACGCAAAGUCCCCUCGUGUUGAAUUUGCACCUAGCAUUGACACUGAGCAUGGUCAGCCUGUGGAAGAGCACGCAACAGGCAACCCCUUAUCCCCACCACUUGACCAUCAAACGAGAGAUAACGGAGAGGACAAAAUCACUGUCGCGAAAACAGAGGAUGACAACACAGAUCGCCGAGUCCUAGACCCUACUCCGUCUGCCAUCAACAUUCCUUCGGCGGCUCACAUCCCAGGAACCCCUAAUUUAGCCAAGCCCCGUGCUGUAUCUCCAGGACUUGGGGCGAGCGAAUCUGGGGACGCCACCAGAGAAACUGAUAGCGAGAGACAGUCUAUCUCGUCUUCGAUCCUGCCUGGGGGCUUUGCUUACACGGCCACGUUGCGCGAGCAGCCAGCCCGAUCUUUCACCCAGCAACUCAAGCCAUACCACGGUCGUCUGCAUCGAGACAAAUGGCACAAGGUUGCUGUCCGACCCCUGAUCCUCUUCAUGUAUCCCGCCGUCCUCUGGUCCUCGGUAGUGUAUGCCUGCUCCGUCGGGUGGCUUAUCGUCAUAUCCGAGACCAUGGCCGUCAUUUUCCGCGAAGGAAUCUACAAGUUUAACGCUCUGCAGACCGGUUUGAUCUACAUCAGCCCGUUUCUGGGGGGGAUCCUUGGCACCCUUGUGGCGGGGAAGGUGUCGGACGUUGUGGUCAGGAGCAUGACACGGCGCAACGGCGGGCUGUACGAGCCCGAGUUCCGCCUCGUCAUGGCCGCGCCGAUCGUCCUCUCCACCGUGAUAGGGCUCAUGGGCUUUGGGUGGUCGGCACAGGACGGGGACCACUGGAUCGUGCCAACUGUCUUCUUCGGCGUGGUGUCGUUCGGGUGCUUCCUCGGGUCGACGACCAGCAUCACCUUCUGCGUCGACAGCUAUCGCCAAUACGCAGGCGAGGCGCUCGUGACGCUCAACUUUAGCAAGAACAUCUUCCACGGCCUGGUGUUUAGCCUGUUCAUCACGGGGUGGGUCGACAGCGAUGGGUCGAAGUCGGUGUUCAUCUGGCUCGGGGUCAUACAGUUGAUACUGUUGACGUCGACCAUCCCCUUGUACAUCUACGGCAAGAGGGCGAGAAUGUGGACGGUGCGGAAGAACUUUAUGGAGAAGUUCUAGGUUGGUUCUUGUUCGAUACCCCGGAAGAAAUCCCAGAUUGCGUUUCUAUAUAUGGACCUAUGGACAUAUCACUGGCGUUUUGGGCACAUGGAUAACUUCACGAUACAUGACAUGGCAUUUCGGUGCGUCUGGUGUGGUUGAGGUGCAUAGCAUCAAGGUAUGAGCAUCGUUUUUGGGGAGGUUCUCGGUUUCUGGAUAGGUAGUCCAACUACGGUAUAAUACAGACUACACAAGU